AUGUCCGAUGCGGCGGGCAUGGCGAGCAGCGAUGAGGAGGGCCUGCCCACCGGGAACGGCAGCGGUCGCCAGCGCGUCCAGCGCGACUACAGCGAUGCCAGGCUGGAGCGGGUGGCCGCCUACACAACGACCACGAUGCGCCUCAAGCCGGAUAAGUGGACCAAGAUGAUGGCCAGCGAUGACCUGCGGCGCAUUGUUGUGGACUGGCAGCAUGGCCACACUCGCGUCCUGGUGAUGACCAUCAGUCCGGGCGGAGAUCUGGUGCCCAGGAGCUGCCUCAGUGACCUGUACCUGCCCUAUUCGGUGCAGAGUGCGCGUGGCUCCAAUCCAACGGCCAUGUUGCCCCCGGAAGAUGAAGCCAUGGCCACAGUUACGGCCGCCGUGUCCGCCGUGGUGUCUGCCACGCCCGGCGCCCUACUCAUCCCGCUGCCGCCCGCCUCCUCCAGCUUUACGACCCUGGACGGCGUGCCACGCGGCAAGUGCGCUUACUUUGUGCGCCGUAAUACUUCCGACGGACCCUUGACGGCAGCCAAUUUUGCGGAGAGCGUCCUGUACGGCGACUUCCCGGUGCACAGCAAAAUCGAGACCAUGUCGCUGCUGUUCGACGACGUACUGCAGCCGCUGCUGGAACAGGCUCAAAGUCAGUGGCCCGCCAUUGUGCGCAAGGAUCUGCAGGCGCGCAUCAAGGAAGUGCGGAACACACUGACCGAGAUUAAGGGCAAAACCAACAAUCGCACAAUUUUAUCGUUAUUAGUUUCGCCAACAAUCGUCGAGGAAGUGUUUGCCCACGUGAGUCAAGGUCAUUUACGACCGGCUCUGGAUCCCAAAUUCCGAAACCUACUGGAGGAGAUGUUCAUAAAUUGGACCACACAAAUGCACGACAUUGUCUUGGAGCGCUCCGAGUGCCAGCCACUGGGUGCGGCCACCCAGUCAUCCGGACACCAGCCAAAGCACAUAACACUGGUUUCCCUGCCCGCCCAGGAGAUUGGAUUCUGGACGAACCGGAAGCUAAACUUACAGAAUAUCUACGAGCAGCUGCGAGAGUCCACGCACAAGACUCUGGCCCAGAUUUUGGAGCGCAUCGAGUCGGUGUACUAUCAGCCAUAUGCGACGGCUUUCCGGAAACUGGUGGCAGCCUGGCUGGAGGCACAGGAUGUGUCCCUUUGGCUGCAGCCCCUGCUCCGCCAGACUGCCGCAUUUAAUUCGGUUCAGUUCAGCAAUGGCCACGAUUUGGUGGCACCACUCGUCCACAUUGUGCACCUGGUGUGGAGCAAUGCCAGAUACUAUCGGAGCACCCAAAGGAUGAGUGUCCUGCUGCGCUGCAUCUGCAACAUGCUGGUGCAUCGAGCUGCCGAGGAUCUGGAGCUGCAGCUUCUCUUCCAGGGUGAUGCCGAUGAGGGAUUACUGAAAAUCAAUCGAACCUCCGAGGUGCUGGAGCUUUUCAAACAGCGAAUGCUGGACUACAAGGAGCGCUACGCCGGCAGUCAGGUCCUUCUGUCCGCCCUGGCAGAAGGAGCAGCUGCGGUGGCUUCAUCUCCAUCGCCAGAUGACCAGCAGCAGCUGUGGCGCUUCUGCCACGAGGAUGUGUUUGGCCAAACACUCGACGGCUUCUCCUUUCAACUGGUGGAGCUGCGCCAGGUUUUCGAGGCAGCGGUGCAGUUUCAGCAGCUGGAGAAGCUGGAAGUGGGCGGAUUGCGUGGCAAAAUGCUGACUGAACGCGUCAGAGAGAUCUUCGGCGAGUUCAAAGUGCUCUUUGAGCAGUGGAGCAACGUGGACAUCGAUCUCACCGGCACGGUGGCAAGCAAAUGGAAAUGCUUUCGCCGGGAGCAAACCCUUUUCUUUAGCCGCAUGCAGCUGCUGGAGCAGAAGCUGGCCACCGUUUUGCUGCAGGCCUUUGAACAAUGUCACAGCUGGAUGCACUUGCUCCGGCUGACUUUGAUGUUCGGCUCCCUGCUGCAACGCGAGGCUGUGAGACCGGAAUUGGCUCGCGUCCUGCCGCACAUCCUUUUCAUCUACGACACUGAAAUGGAGCAGCUGGAGGAGAGUGUGGCGGAGUCGUUGCUGGGCUACGAGAUUCGUGGCUUGGCUGCUUUACCUUUGGCCAACAACUUUCCACCGAUUGCCAAUGCCAUGAUGUGGCUGGAGCAGCAUAUAAGCCGAUGCGAUGAGUUCGGAGCGAAGGAGUUAAGCCAACUCAUUGAGCAGUUAUUGAAGGAGAAAUCUGAGCUGCAGACGUUACCCAUGCAGUGGAACUGCCUGCUCUCGCGUCGCAAUAUUCUGACCACCAAGCUGAGUAAUCUGCAAAUGAAAAUCUGGACCUCCUGGCACGAGUGCGUUGAUAAGCUCAUCAUCCAGGGACUAGAUGAAUCGGUGCUCUCCCGUUCGGAGGAUCGUAGCCAGCUGCAUCUGAACUUCUCGCCAGUGCUGUUUACCCUGCUGAAGGAGACCAAAUACUUGCUGGCUCUCCAGUCCACUGGCAGCCUAUCCGGCGAUCUCUUCCAGCUGCCGGAGCCGCUGCUCACGCUCUAUGCACACCGCGAUGCCUACUGGGAACGUCGCAUCCGGCUCAUCAAGAUUGGUGAGUUCUACAAUGGCAUCCGCUCCGGGGAAUGUGCCGCAGCUGAGCUCCAAUUGAUUCGCAAUGACCUGGCGACCAUCGACGAGCACGUGGAAAUGGCCUGUCAGCAACUCACUUGGCGCAACUACAAUGAUGAACUUGUGGCUGGCAUCUUUGAGCAGAGUCGCGACUUAUUCGCCCGCCUGCAGCAAUCGCACGGCAACCUGGACGCAAUCCUGUCCAGCAUGCGUCGCUGGAGCCGGGAGCCACUGCAUCAGCGCAGCUUAUACGGUCGCAAUCUCCUCGAUCUGCGCCACCAACAGGACCGACUGCGUCUGCGGCUGCUGCAGUGCGAUGAGACCAAGAUGCUGUUGAAUCGCCUGCUGAUUGCCAACUUCUGUCUGUUCUUCAACUACGAGUCACAGGAGUUUCAGCUGUACUCCAGAGAUCUCAGUGUGCAGGAGUUUGUGCGUGAAUUCCCAAAGGAGCAGCGGCGCCAGUACAACAAGUACUUGGCCAGCGUGGAUGAGCUGAUCUGCCGCGAAGUUCGCGAGGCGAUGAGAAUAAGUUUAGAGUAUUUGUACAAAGAAAUGACAGCAACGACGACACCAACAGCAACAGCUCCACCGCCAGUGGAUCCUGGCUGUUCAGCCAGCAUGGCGAGGUUAGUCCUUCAGCAAAUCACAACGCCACAGGCGACAUCCACGGCAGGAGGAGCGGGUGCCGGGGGGGCGCCGCCCACAGCCAACGAUGCUCCACUCUUCGAAGUGAAAUUGGAACUGACGGAAACGGAAAUACGCUUUUCGCCCGCCUUUGAUGCAAGUGUGGAAAAUAAUUUUCAACAAAUUGUGGAGCAGCUGUUGCUCGAUAUAAAACAGACAUGCGACUGCAUGCCAAGAAUUGUGGCUGACAAUGCCGCGUCAGAGGAUGAUGAAGACGACGACGAGGACGACGACACGGCGACGGUGGCGUACGAACAGGAGCUGAAGCGGGUGCCCAAACAGGACACGGCACAGGAGCAGCAGCUGAAGGAGGAGCAGCAACAGGAGCAGGAACAGGAGCAGGAGUCAGGCGAUCCAAAGCCCCAGGCCGUGCAAUUCAACCUGCUGGCUGCCGCCAAGGCGUAUAGUCAAAAAAUUGAAUGCACUGCCGAUGGCCUGGAAAUGCUGGAGAGGGCGAUACGAGAUGCCUUGGCGGAUACGGUGAAGGCGGCAUCGGCCUACGCUGCCAAAUUCCAGGCCUAUGCAUUCCUGUGGACCCAGCAAAGGGGCGAGGUGCUGGCCGCUUGCAUGCAAACAGCCAGGGAGCAGACGCACCACGUCAGCGCCGGUGGCUAUGCCAUCAUGGAGACGUUCAAAAAGGAGAUCGAGAACUACAACGAAGUGCACGAUGCCAUUGACCAGUGCGAGAACAGGGAGUGCAUCAACGGCUGGCUGGCUCUCGAUAUCAAGCCCCUCAAGUAUGGACUCCUCAACCUGGCCUGCAAGUGGUCACACCUGUGCAAGCGAUGGCUACUUCGCUACGUCCAGGGAACUCUGAAGGAGUUGAAUGGCUUUAUUGCUCGCGGCCACGAGACGCUGCAGCUGCACAUCGCUCGCCAGGACUUUGCCGCCCUGCUCCGCGUCCUCGGCAUCAUGUCGGAAAUCCGGGAGCGGGAACCCUAUGCGGACAACGUGUUCAAGCCGCUGAAGGAAAUCAUGGGCCUACUGAAGACCUACAACGUGGAGUUCGAGCCGCAGCUGCUGCGUGGAAUCGAACAGUUGCCGCAGCAGUGGCAGCAGCUGAAGCACGCGAGUACCGUUAAACAGGAGGCGCUGCAGGACACCCGCUUCCACCAGCAACAACGUGUGACCGCUCUCAUCGGCCUGCACACCUGCCACCUGCAGCACUAUGCCCGCCAGUUCCAGAAGAUGCCCUUCUUUCGGGUGCCCUGCCCGCAAGUCUACGAUAUCUGCGACGAGGUCUAUACUCGGCUGCACCGCUUCCGCCGACAGCAGCGUCUUUACACCCGCUGGGCCCGACUUCUUGGCAUCCAGCCACCCGAUCCCGCAACCCUGCAGUUCUGCGAGGUGGAGCUGCGAAGGGUCAAGCAAUUGUGGGACUUUGUGCGCGUCAUCGAGUCGUGCAUCGUGGCCUGGCACGCCACGCCCUGGCUGCUCAUCGACACCGAUGACAUGGAGCACGAGUGCAAGAAGUUCACCCGCGACCUGCGCACCCUGGACAAGUGCAUCCGCGAGUGGGCUCCAUACGUUCACAUUGUGGGCGUGCUGCGCGAACUGGUCGCCUCGCUGAGGGCCAUCACGGAGCUGCAGAAUCCGGCAAUUACGGAACGCCACUGGAUGGAGCUGAUGCAACUAACAAAGCUCUCGUACAAGUGCAACAAAUCCACUAAAUUGGCCCAGCUGCUGACCCUGCAACUGCAGCAUCACGAGGAGGACAUCAAAAACACAGUGGACCGUGCCAUCAAGGAGAUGACGGUGACCAAAGUGCUGGACGAGAUCAGGGCCACGUGGGCGCACCUGGAAUUCGAGCUGGAGCAGCACCACACGCGUCCCCAUAUUCAGCUGCUGAAGGUAUCGGAGGAGCUCAUCGAAACGCUGGAUGACAACCAGAUGCAGUUGCAGAACAUCUCGACCUCCAAGCACAUUGAGUACCUCCUGGACAAGCUCACCCACUGGCAAAAAGUCCUGGGCGGCAUCGAUACUCUAAUUGUCAACUGGUUCGAGGUGCAGCGCAAGUGGAUCUACCUAGAAUGCAUCUUCAUUGGAUCAGCGGAUAUUCGAGCGCAGUUGCCAGCGGAUGCCGCCAACUUUGAAAGGAUCGAUGAGGACUUUACGGCACUGCUAGCCAAGGUGAAGGAAGUUCGAGUGGUCAUGCAGGUGGUGCUGCGUCAUGAGGAUGUCCUGGCUCAAUUGUUGCAGUUGCAACAUCGGUUGGCAGUUUGCGAGAAGGCCCUUAAUGAUUACCUGGAGACCAAGAGAUUGGCCUUUCCACGCUUCUACUUCAUCUCCGCCGCCGAUCUGCUGGACAUUCUGUCCAAUGGGAACAAUCCGCAGGUGAUUGACCGCCACCUGAUCAAACUGUUCGAUUCCAUUCUUCGGCUGCAGUACGAAACCAACACCCCGAACGCCUUGGGCAUGCACUCCAAGGAGAACGAUGAGUAUGUGCCCUUCGUGUCCUCCGAUCCGGAUCAGCCGGCUUACAUCGUUUGCGGCGGGCGGGUGGAACUGUGGCUGAGGGCCAUUAUCCAGCAGAUGAGGAGUACGCUCCACGAGUUAUUCCGGCGUGCCCUGCGCGUUUUUGGGGAGAAGCCGCGGGAACUCUGGCUCUACGACUGGCCCGCCCAGGUGGCGCUGUGCUGCAGCCAAAUCAGCUGGACGGCGGAUGUGAACCGAUCCUUCGGCUGCAUGGAGGAGGGCUACGAGGGUGUGAUGAAGGAGCUGCACAAGCGACAGAUUGCCCAGCUGAAUGCCUUGAUCAAUCUGCUGCUGGGCGAACUGUCGCCCGGAGAUCGCCAGAAGAUCAUGACCAUCUGCACGAUCGAUGUGCAUUCGCGCGAUGUGGUGGGCAAGAUCAUAGCCACCAAGGUGGACAACUCGCUGGCCUUCCAGUGGCAGAGCCAGUUGCGCCACCGCUGGGACGAUGACCAGGCGGGGAGUUCCAGUGGCAGGGCCAGCACGGCCGUAAGUUGUGGAGGAGGGGAUGAAGAUUGCUUCGCCAACAUUUGCGAUGCGGAGUUCCGAUAUGCCUACGAGUAUCUGGGGAACACCUCUCGACUAGUCAUUACCCCGCUAACGGAUCGCUGUUAUAUCACCUUGACGCAGUCCCUGCGAUUGCGAUUGGCCGGUGCGACCGCUGGACCCGCUGGAACUGGGAAAACGGAAACCACGAAGGACCUGGGACGCGCCCUGGGCGUAAUGGUUUAUGUCUUCAACUGCUCGGAGCAAAUGGACUACAAAUCUUGUGGCAACAUUUACAAAGGACUCGCCCAGACGGGAGCCUGGGGCUGCUUUGACGAGUUCAAUCGCAUCUGCGUGGAGGUCCUGUCCGUGGUGGCCGUCCAGGUGAAGACCAUACAGGAGGCGAUAAAGAUGCAUAAAACCCAAUUUAUCUUUAUGGGCGAGCGCAUUUCGCUGGAGCCGUCGGUCGGAAUUUUUAUCACCAUGAAUCCCGGCUACGCCGGCCGAACUGAGCUGCCGGAGAACCUGAAGACCCUGUUCCGGCCAUGCGCCAUGAUUGUGCCGGACUUCGCCUUGAUUUGUGAGAUUAUGCUAAUGGCCGAAGGCUUCCAGGAUGCCCGUCUGCUGGCCCGCAAAUUUAUCACACUGUACACGCUGUGCAAGGAGCUGCUGUCCAAGCAGGAUCACUACGAUUGGGGUCUGCGGGCCAUUAAGUCCGUCCUGGUUGUAGCUGGCACCCUCAAGCGGGAUGACCACAGCCGGCCGGAGGAUCAGGUCCUGAUGCGAGCACUGCGCGACUUCAACAUACCCAAGAUUGUCACGGAGGAUGUGCCCAUAUUUAUGGGUCUCAUCGGAGACCUUUUUCCGGCUCUCGAUGUCCCACGAAAGCGGGUCUUUGAGUUCGAGAAGACCAUACGGAGGGCGGUGAAUGAAAUUAAACUGCAGCCGGAGGAGGGAUUCCUCAUGAAGGUGGUGCAACUGCAGGAACUGCUCGAUGUGCGACACUCGGUGUUCAUAGUGGGCAAUGCGGGCACUGGAAAGACCAAGAUCUGGCAAACCCUGCGAGAGACCUAUCGCAUCCAGAAGCUGAAGCCCGUGUGCCAUGUCCUGAAUCCGAAGGCUUUGUCCAACGACGAGCUCUUCGGCAUCGUUAAUCCCACGACGAGGGAGUGGAAGGAUGGCUUAUUCUCCUCCAUUAUGAGGGAGCAAGCCAACAUGCCACCGGGCAAUCCCAAGUGGAUAGUCCUCGAUGGCGACAUUGAUCCCAUGUGGAUCGAGAGUCUUAACACGCUGAUGGACGACAACAAGAUUCUGACCCUGGCCAGCAAUGAGAGGAUAUCCCUGAAGCGGGAGAUGCGGCUGCUCUUCGAGGUGGGACACCUGAAAGCAGCGACUCCAGCCACUGUCUCCCGGGCGGGCAUUCUGUACAUCAAUCCGCAGGAUUUGGGCUGGUCACCCUACGUAUCGUCCUGGCUGGAAACUAGGGUGGACAUGAUUGAGAGGGGCAUCCUCACCACCCUUUUCGAGAAGUACUUUCCCUGCCUGAUGCAGCGGCAACGCGACUUCCGGCGCAUUACUCCCAUCACGGACAUGGCCAUGAUCCAGAUGACCUGCCACCUGCUUGAGUGCCUGUUGGACAGCGAUGAAGGAAAUGACGAUGGACGAGGGCGAGGAAGUGCAGCUGGAGGAGCAGCCAAUCCGCACAGUCUGCAUCACGGGGAGCUCUCCCAUGAGGCGAUGGUCUUGGCCCUGGAAACGAUCUUUGUGUACGCCACCGUUUGGAGUUUUGGUUCGGCUCUAAGUCAGGAUGUCAUCAUCGAUUGGCAUCGCGAGUUUCACAAGUGGUGGAUAGGCGAGUUCAAGGACAUCAAGUUGCCCAGCCAGGGCACUGUCUUCGAUUACCAACUGAAUGUGCAGACACUGAAGUUUCAGCCGUGGUCUGAGUUGGCCGCCCAACAGUCUCUGGAGGGGCAAAUUGAUUCCGAGACUCCCCUACAGAAUGUGCUGAUUUGCACUGCGGAGACCAUUCGACUGGCCUACUUCCUCAAGCUGCUCAUCGACCGCAACCUGGCUUGCAUGCUGGUGGGCAACUCCGGUUGCGGCAAAGGUGCCAUCUUCCGAGAGCUGUUCGGUCAGUAUGCCAGCGACCAGGAGCUGCUCGAAGUGGCCGUGUCGGCGGUAACUACAGCUGACAGCCAUCAGCAGCAGUCGGGGAAUCCGCCAGGAGCCGGAGUUGUGCGCCGCAAGGCUUCCUCCUCAGCGACGCCACUGCUGACCACCGUGCAGGCCACGCACUUCAACUACUACACCAGCUCGGAGAUAUUCCAGAAGAUGCUCGACCGACCGCUGGAGAAGAAGUCGGGACGCUGCUACGCACCAAGUGGACCGAAGCGCAGGCUCAUCUACUUUGUCAACGAUUUGAACAUGCCGGAGGUGGAUGCCUACGGCACAGUGCAGCCGCACACGAUAAUGCGACAGUUCAUGGACUACAGGCAGUGGUACGACCGCCAGCGGCUGCAGCUAAAGGACAUCCGACACUGUCAGUUCGCAGCCUGCAUGAAUCCCACAGCCGGCUCCUUUACCAUCGAUCCCCGUUUGCAGAGGCACUUCUGUGUUUUUUCGGUGGCACCGCCGGCCGAGGACACGCUGCAUCACAUCUACGGCAGCAUCCUGAGCAGCCACUUGGAGAGUCCUGCCCAAGGAUUCAGCAAAGAGAUACGGUCCAUUGGCAGCCUGCUGGUGCGCGUGGGUAUUGCCUUGCACCGUCGAGUGGAGUAUGCCUUCCUGCCCACCGCCCUCAAGUUCCACUACCUGUUCAAUCUGCGGGAUCUCACGGGGAUCUAUCAGGGUUUGAUGAAUAGCGUGGGUGCUCCGGCAUCGGCGGGUGGUGGUGGAGCAUCGGGUUUCGGCGGCACCAUAUGUAGCAGACCCUCUGAACUGAUGAGACUCUACGUGCACGAGGCCUUUCGCGUCUACCACGAUCGCCUGGUGGAUCCCUACGACAUCAAGUCGUUCAAAUCGUCCAUACGGGAUAUUUUCAAGAAGGAUUUCGAGGACUUUGACGAGGACUUUGUGUUUGCCGAACCGCUGAUAUACAGCCACUUCGCUCAGUCGCUGGUGGACCAGAAGUAUAUGCCCCUGAAAAGCUGGGACUCCUUGUACCAACUGCUAAUUGAGGCCCAAUCCAGUUACAACGAGGUGGUGGGCUACAUGAACCUCGUUCUCUUCGAGGAUGCCAUGAUUCACGUGUGCCGAAUCAAUCGCAUCUUGGAGAGUCCCCGGGGAAAUGCCCUUCUAAUUGGAGUCGGGGGUUCCGGAAAGCAAACUCUGGCCCGUCUGGCUGCCUUUAUAUCCUCGCUAAAUGUGUCGCAAAUCCAAAUCAAGCGGGGAUUCGGGUUGCUGGAUAUGCGAGAGGAAAUCGGCAGCCUUUACAUGAAGGUGGGCCUCAAAAAUGUGGCCUCUGUGUUUCUCAUUUCGGAUGCCCAGAUUCCCGACGAGUCCAUACUGAUGCUGAUUAAUGAUCUCCUGGCGUCCGGUGAAAUUCCCGAGCUCUUCAACGACGACCAACUGGACACCAUCACAAAUGGGAUCCGCAACGAGGUGAAACAGAGCGGUACGCUGGACACCAAGGAGAACUGCUGGCGCUAUUUUGUGGAGAAGGUAAGGCGACUGCUCAAAGUGGUGCUCUGUUUCUCGCCGGUGGGUCAAACUUUGCGGGUUCGGGCCCGAAAAUUCCCGGCCAUCAUUAGUCGCACGGCCAUCGACUGGUUCCACGAGUGGCCCAAAAGCGCGCUGGAGUCCGUUUCCCAGAAGUUUCUCAAUGAGAUCAGUGGUAUUCUGGAGCCCGCUCUGGUGCCGCCCAUCGGUUGCUUUAUGGCUUACGUCCACGGUACCGUGAAUCAGAUAUCGAGAAUUUAUCUGCAGAAUGAAAAACGCUACAACUACACGACCCCGAAAACUUUUCUGGAAUACAUUUUCCUCUACCGCAAACUGUUGGUGGACAAAAACGGCGAGUUCGCCGAGCGCAUCGCUCGUCUGCAGAGCGGAAUGUCCAAGCUGGCGGAGUGCGCCCGUCAGGUGGACACGCUGAAGCACCAACUGGCCAUCCAGGAGGUACAAUUGGCGGCCAAAAACGCGGCGGCCGACAAACUGAUUGUGAUUGUUAGUGCCGAAAGUGAGAAGGUGAAGCGGGAACGGUACACCGCAUCCGAGGAGGAGAAGCGAGUACGCAUCAUCGAGGAGGAUGUGUCGAUGAAAACCAAGAUGUGCGAGGAGGAUCUGCGUCAGGCGGAACCUGCCUUGGUGGCCGCCCAAGCAGCACUUAAUACCCUGAACAAGAACAAUCUCACCGAACUCAAGUCCUUUGGGUCGCCACCCAAGGCGGUGGUGAAUGUCUGUGCCGCCGUCAUGGUGCUGCUGGCCAGUAAUGGUAAGAUACCCAGGGAUCGCAGCUGGAAGGCAUCCAAGCUGAUGAUGGUGCGCGUGGACCAGUUCCUCAACGAUCUGCUCAACUACAACAAGGAUAACAUACAUCCCAAUAUCAUUGAAACUCUGCAAGAGUAUCUUAAGGAUCCCGAGUUCAAUCCCGACAAGGUGGUGCAAAAGUCGGUGGCUGCCGCUGGUCUCUGUGCCUGGGUGAUCAAUCUACACCGCUAUCACCAGGUCUUCCUAAUCGUGGGACCCAAGCAGCAGGCUCUACAAGACUCCCAUCAGGAGCUGCUGGAGGCCAGGGAGCGGCUGCAGUACCUCAAGGCGAAGAUCAACAAUCUGGAGGCCAAGCUGGCCGAGAUCCAGGCCGAGUUCGAGAACGCGGUCGCCGAGAAGCAGAGGUGCCAACGGGAGGCGGACAAGACCGCCUUCACCAUCGACCUGGCCCAUCGGCUGGUCAAUGGGCUGGCCAACGAGAAUGUCCGCUGGAAGGAGUCCGUCCAGAGCCUGCUGGCCAAGAUUGGUACCCUGCCCGGAGAUAUACUGCUAAUUUCCUCGUUCCUGUCGUACGUGGGCUGCUUCACGCGCCGCUAUCGUGAGGAACUGCAGCACAAGAUGUGGCUGCCCAACUUUCGCAAAAUCGAUCCCCACAUUCCCCACACCGAGGGUGUGGAUACCCUGGCCCUCUUCUCAGAUGACGCCCAGAUAGCCGCCUGGAACAACGAGGGUCUGCCCAUGGACCGGAUGUCGACGGAGAAUGCCACCAUACUGCAGUACUCCACCAGGUGGCCGCUGAUGAUUGAUCCCCAACUCCAGGGCAUUAAGUGGAUCAAAAAUCGCUUUGGAUCCACCCUGGUGGUGUUGCGCCUGCGACAGAAGGGCUUCCUGGAGGCUCUUGAGAAGAGCAUCUCGCAGGGGGACACGGUGCUCAUCGAGCAGAUUGAGGAGUCAAUGGAUACGGUUCUGGAGCCCCUGCUCAGCCGGGCACUGAUCAAAAAAGGACGCUAUCUGCGCAUUGGCGACAAGGAGAUCGAGUUCCAUGCCAACUUCCGGCUCAUCCUGCACACCAAAAUGGCCAAUCCGCACUACAAACCGGAAAUGCAGGCCCAAACCACCUUGAUUAACUUCACGGUCACGCCGGAUGGCCUAGAGGAACAGCUUCUGGCCGAGGUGGUCAAGAUUGAGAGACCGGAUCUGGAGCAGAUGAAAACCGAAGUCACUGUGCAGCAGAACAAAUUUAAGAUAUCCCUGAAGGCUCUCGAGGAUGAGCUCCUGGCCCGGCUAGCUUCAGCGGGUGAAAAUGUCCUGGACGAUCACGCACUGGUGAUCAAUUUGGAGAACACCAAGCGAACUGUGGACGAGAUCGAAGCGAAGGUGCGGGAGGCCAGGGUGACGACUCUGCAGAUCGAUGAUACCCGGAAUAUAUACCGAUCGGCUGCGAAGAGAGCGGCUAUAUUGUACUUCGUACUCACCGAUCUCAGUCGGAUAAAUCCCAUCUACAAGUUCUCGCUGAAGUCCUUUAUGAACGUAUUCCGCCAAGCUAUUGCCAUGGCCUCGGAGUCCAAGAACUACGAGAAGCGCGUUCUCCACCUCGUGGAAUCCAUUACCUUGCAGACUUAUCGCUACACUUUGCGGGGUCUCUUCGAGGCGGACAAGCUGACCUUCACCUCGCACAUGACCCUGCGCAUCCUUAUAGCCGCCGAACAGGUGUCCAAGGACGAAACGGACUUCCUGCUGCGAUUCCCGCACGAUCCCACUACCUUGUCGCCCUUGGAUUUCGUGGGUCGCAGUGCCUGGGGCGGCAUCAAGUCCCUGACCUUGAUCGAACACUUCUACGGCAUUGACAAGGACAUGGAGAACUACACGAAGCGCUGGCGGAAAUUCAUGGCCAGCGAUACUCCCGAGCGGGAGCAGUUUCCUGGCGAAUGGAAGCACCGCACUCCGCUCCAGAAGUUGUGCAUCAUCCGGUCACUCCGGCCGGAUCGCAUGACCUACGCCAUGCGCCAGUUCGUGGAGCAGACGAUGGGACGGGCGUAUGCCGAGAUCCAAACGCCGCCCUUUGGAGCCAUCUUUCAGGAGCUGAAUGCGGCCACGCCGGCGUUCUUUAUCCUAUCACCCGGUGUGGACCCCAUUAGGGAUGUGGAGCGUUAUGGCCAGCGACAGGGCUUCCAUACGGAAUCCGAUACGCUGGUCAACAUCUCACUGGGCCAGGGCCAGGAGCUGCUGGCCGAGCAGGCCAUAUUGGGAGCUCUGGAGUCGGGUCAGCAGUGGGUCAUCCUGCAAAAUAUCCACCUGGUGGUCAACUGGCUGCCCACGCUGGAGAAGCUCAUCGAGCGCAUUGUGCUGCAGAGCGAGUCGCGGGGUGAGUCCAGUUUCCGUCUCUUCAUCAGCGCAGAACCGGCUCCGGACCCUCAGUACCACGUGAUUCCACAGGGCAUCCUGGAAUCCUCUUUGAAGGUGGUAAAUGAACCGCCAUCGGGUAUGGCAGCCAAUCUGCACAAGGCGUGGGACAACUUCUCGCAGGACGCCUUGGAAACGUGCACCCAGGAGGCGGAGUUCAAGUCGAUCCUGUUCGCCCUCUGCUACUUUCAUGCGGUGGCCGGUGAAAGGCGCAAGUUUGGACCCCAGGGCUGGAACAAGGUGUACCCCUUCAACAUUGGUGACCUGACCAUCUCGUCCAAUGUACUGCACAACUAUCUGGAGGGUAGCAAUCGGAUUCCGUGGGAGGAUCUGCGCUAUCUCUUCGGGGAAAUCAUGUACGGUGGCCACAUCACGGAUGACUGGGACCGCCGGCUGUGCCAGACCUAUCUGGAGGAGCUCCUGCAGCAGGAUCUCAUUGACGGUGACUUCGAGCUGUGCCCCGGCUUUCCAGCACCGCCGAAUCUCGACUUCGAGGGCUAUCACUCGUACAUUACGGAAAUGCUGCCGGAGGAGAGUCCGCUGCUCUAUGGUCUGCAUCCGAAUGCGGAGAUUGGCUUCCUGACCACCGCAUCCGAGCAGCUGCUGCGCACCAUUUUCGAGCUGCAGCCGCGGGAAUCCGAACUGAGCUCCCAUUGCGGAGCACCGCGCGAGGAGCUGGUCAAGAUCAUGAUCGACGACUUCCUGGACAAGCUGCAGGAUGAGUUCAAUCUGCAGGCUCUGCUCAAUCGCGUGGAACGCAAGACGCCAUUCGUGGUGGUGGCUCUCCAGGAAUGCGAAAGGAUGAACGCGCUGAUCCGCGAAAUCAAACGAUCCCUGCGUGAACUGAUGCUGGGACUGAGGGGUGAACUCACCAUUACCCAGGAGAUGGAGCGACUGGAUCAUGCUAUUUUCUAUGAUCAUGUGCCGGCUGCCUGGGCCCGACUGGCCUAUCCCAGCAUGCUGGGCCUGCAGUCCUGGUUUGCGGAUCUGCUGCAUCGCAUCAAGGAGCUGGCCGGCUGGCUCAAUGACUUCAAGUUGCCCUGCGCCAUCUGGCUGGGCGGACUCUUCAAUCCGCAGAGCUUCCUCACCGCCAUCAUGCAGGAGAGUGCUCGGAAACACGACCUGCCGCUGGACAGGAUGCUCAUAAGCUGCGAUGUCACCAAGAAGCAAAAGGACGACGUCACCCUGCCGCCCAUGGAGGGCGCCUUUGUCCACGACCUGUACAUGGAUGGCGCCAGCUGGGACUGCCAGCUGAACUCCAUUGUGGCCCUGCGCCCCAAAGAGAUGCUCUGCGCCAUGCCCGUCAUCUACAUCAAGUCCAUUGUGCAGGAGAAGCAGGAGCUGCAGCGCGUCUACGAGUGUCCUUUGUACAAGACCAGGUCGCGGGGCAGUACUUACGUGUGGACCUUUAACCUCAAGACCCGCGAACGCCCCUCUCGUUGGAUCCUAGGGGGCGUGGCGCUGCUGUUGCAGCCAUAA